ACAGCUGGUGGACGUUCCUUUGUCGCACCAGCUUGGGGACAUGAGCAACCACACAGGAAAAGGGACCACUGCCAAAGCAAAUAAGGGCAGCUGGAAACGGUUAGCUCGGGAAGUGGGUUCUACAGGGACCACAGAGAAUGGGACUCGGAACAAGCGGCGAAGUUGUCUCACACCUAUGGAAGACGAACGAGCCCUUAAAGUGCUAAUAAACAAUACAGGGGUGGCUUUAGCUCACUCGGCUAAAGGCCAUGACCCCCCUACCAGUUGAAGUAUGCAGUAGCACGGGAUGACAUCUAGCGGAUUAGGGACUGUUGAUGUCAAGUUUCCCUACUCUCCCCAUGAAGCUGGCUAAAUAGGUGAGAACUUCCAGUAGUUUCAGACACUCAUAGCGACCUCCUUUUCUACUAUUGUAGCCUUAUUUUUGCCUUUACAGCGAUUGUAACUACCAUCUUUAGUCGCAGAUGGCCCUCUUCGCUUAAUUGUCCAUAUCUGUCAUGGGCAUAGUUUAAAUCUGUUACUAAUGCUAUAGGUUGCGCUUCUAUCCUUAAUUUGGCUAUAAUGCCCCUGCUAGAGAUUCAUCUAUAAUCUCCUUAUAUUUAAUAUAAUUCUCUAUUUACC